AUGAACGGCAUGAACGGCACAAACAUGGCCGCCGGCAUGCCCGUGCCCACUCCCGCCGGCCACCAGGCCGAGCUCAACUAUAUCUACGGCAUGGUCGAGGAGCUGAGCCGCCAGCUCGCGGAGAAUCGUCGCGUCACUGAGGACAUUGUCAGCGGGCUGGGUCGCGUACGGAAUCGCGCCAGGACGCAUGCCUUGGGCAAUGACGAGGUGAUAGACGGCGCUGCGGAGGACCUCGGUAGCCAAGAGCAAAACUUGGACGCCCUCAUUUCUCUCCUCUCCGAGUCCCUCGAAAAGGCCAAGUUUAGCCGCGACGCCAACGCCAACCUCCUAUCCCAGUACGCAAACGCCAUGGCCCUCAUGCUGCGCCAGUUCCACGAAUACAAGACCAAACAUGUCACCGAUGUAGCAUCCUGGCACCGCUCCUACCGCAAGCAGCUCGCCGAUGCCCGCGACGAGAACGCCCGCCUGCGCGAGCAGAUCUGGACCAUGCAGCACCACGCCGGCAAGGCCAACGACAGCCUGCGCGACUUCCGCCGCAAGUACGACGAGGACGAAGCCCGCUGGGACCGCCGCGUUGACGACAAGGCCGCUCGCCAGGAGCUGCGCUUUUGGAAGCGCAUGGCCAUGCCCGAGCUCGAGGAUGACGACUUCUACUGGAGCGAUGACGACGACAUCAUCGACCCCGCCGAGAAGAAGCGACUCCACGAACUCGAUCUCAAGGCCGCGCAGGAGCAGAUGGACAGCCAGGCUGAGGACAGCGACGGCGGCGGCCAGUCGGGACAGCAGAUGCACGUCAUGGGCAUGGGCAUGGCAAUGGGGAUGCCGAUGAGCAUGAUGGGCGGCAUCGCCAUGCAGCGCGAGGACUCGGCGGGCGGCCAGCCUGCGCUGCCACCGCGACCCCUGAGCGCGGCGUCGAGUACAGGCUCGACGGGGCAAUGA